GUUUCUUUUUCCAGGAUCAGAGCGAAAUCUGAGGAAAACCCUAAACCCGGAACUCGAUAACUCGAUAACCUUUCUCUCAAAUGGAUUCAACGGGGACCAUUUUAGAAGGAGACUGGAGUUGUCUCGGUGGGAUGUACACUACUGAUCAAGAAGCUGAUUUCAUGUCUCAAUUGCUUAGCAACUGUCCCCUAUCUGGUGAUGAUCUGCUCGAUGGGGGAUCGAAGAUCCAAUCGGUUUUUUGGCCUGCAAAUCAUGAGCAUACGGAUAUGACAAUGGCUGCUGCUGCUGCUUCCUACUGCUUUUCGGAUAUGAGUAGUUAUAGUCCUGGAAGUAAUGUUCUUUUUUCGUCUUCGUCGAGCCAAGAGAGCUUUUACCUGAGUGAUUCUCAUCCGGUUUCGAUGGAUUUUUCUAUGGAAGAUGGCACGAACACGAGCUCGUUUCUCGUCGAAGCCGAUGAUUGUUUGAACCGUGAUAAAAUCAUGCAAGAACAUGUUGAUUUUGAUAAGAUUUCGGAGCCGAAAUGGGGAUUCGGGAUGGCAAAACCAGAACCGAUUGUAACCGAGAAGAAAAGCAACAACAUAUCGGACAAUUCGAAGAAAAGAUCGAGGAGUUCCGGAGAUGUUCAAAAGACCAGGAGAGAUGCAAGGUCGAAGAAGAACAUCUCGGUCGCCAACGUUGACGAAGAAAGUGGUAAUGCCGGUCUCAAUGAGCAAAGCUGGGCCAGUUGCUCCGCGGAGGAUGAUUCGAAUGCCUCUGGAGAUGCAGCACUAAAUUUGAAUGGCAAAACAAGAGCCGGCAGGGGAGCUGCCACUGAUCCUCAAAGCCUUUAUGCAAGGAAAAGAAGGGAAAGAAUCAACGAAAGACUGAGAAUUUUACAGAAUCUUGUCCCCAAUGGAACAAAGGUUGAUCUUAGUACAAUGCUUGAAGAAGCAGUCCAAUAUGUAAAGUUUUUGCAGCUGCAGAUUAAGCUGUUGAGUUCCGAUGAUCUAUGGAUGUACGCGCCCAUUGCAUAUAACGGAAUGGAUAUCGGACUCGAUCUCAAGGCCGGAACGGCAAAUAGAUCAUAG